CCAAUAAUCUGACAAUUUAUUGAUUGUCGUUUUUAAUCAAUGUUGUUACAUUUAUUUUAUUUAAUUAGCUUUGUAAAUAUUCAUCUUAUUAAGUUUCCUGAGAAGAUAUUGUUUCGUCUCUGAGAUUUUUUCUCGUUUAAAUUUUUCUAUAUUGAAGGAAUCUGAGCUGGGAAUGGUUGGUUGAUUAAAAUGACUAAAUUAGAGGAGCAGUUAUUGAUUUAUCGUUCUGUUCAACGGGCUCGAAAGGAACAGGCCGAAAAAGAAGCUCGAGAUGCUGCUGAGGCUCGAAAAGCUGAAGAAGCCAAAAAACAGAAAGAACAAGAAAAGGAAGAACAAUCAAAUCAAAAAUCUAAUUCUUCAUUGUUAAAUUUUCUACUUCCUAGUCCAUCUUCAUCAACAGUUCCUACCCGACAAGUUAUUCCUCCUCAAAAUCGUCAAGAACCUCGAAUAGCCUAUUUACGUGAUGGAAAUGACGAUGAUGAUGGAAUGGUAAUUGAUUAUUUAGAUGAAGAUGAAGUUGAUUUCGAUUACAACUAUCUGGAUGGAGAUGAAUAUGAAGAUAAUGGAAGAUGGACCAAAAAAGAUUACAUUCUCACUUUUAUCAAAUUUUCAAUCUAUUGUUUCCUUCAAGUUAUGGCCCUUAAAGCUGAAUGGGGAGCAGUUUUUUUCAUCGUUUCUCUCUUAUAUUUCAUCUACUACAAUACCCGAACCAGAAAACGAAUGAUCGGUGAACCAAGUGCUUAUUCAGUGUUUAAUGAUGGCUGUGAACCAAUUGAUGGAGCAAUGGAUGCAAACAGAUUAAUUAAUCAACUUACCCUCGGACAAAUGGCAUUGUAAUAAUCAAAUGAACACAAAACAAAACAAAACAAAACAAAACUGUAAACAAAAAUACCAACCUAAACCCUUUUAUCGUUUUACUCGAUUGAAACAAAAAUUAUGGAAAAAGAAAAUCCAAUUCCAACAAUAAUGUACGAUAAUAUUCCCCAAUGAUAUCAAUCAUAAAGUCAACUGCAAUUAAAACAAAAUCUAAAUUAAAAAUAAUCGAAAAAGUUUAAA